UUUGUGACCGUGGCGGAGGAAAUGGCUGCAGCGGGCUGAGGGAGGCGGCGGGUGGGCGCUGGGCUCUCUCCAGCAUGAAGCUCCGGCCUCACAAUGACAGGAGAAGCCAUGCCUGGGGUGUCCCUUGUGCUCCCUAGAAACCAGUUGAGAGUGUGGGAAGAUACCAGGUAUUUACCUUCUAGGCAGCAGUAAGGAGACAUUCGAGCCAGAACUCUAGAAUGCUGCACGGACCAGGGAUUCUGAACAGCCAGUCAGUAGGACCUGAAAUGCAGAACGAAUUUGUCACUGUGCACACUGGUAUCAGCCAACCCCACAUGCAGCUGCAAACUGGAACAGCAGGGGAAAGUGCAGCUUCACAUCCUGAAUUAUUUGUUGGGGCUCCAGAGAGUGGGUCACAUCCUUCCAGAGAAGUUGUUCAAAUUCAGAUGGAUGCAUCUGAAGAACAGAGCAGGCGACCUGGAGUAGGACCCCAGCAUGCAAACUCUUCUCAUUCGCAUAUGCACUCACACUUGCAUUCUCACGCUAGGACGGAGGGUCCUGCAGGAGAAAGAUCUGAGCUGGAUGAAAGGGAACUCAACUCGAGCUCAUUCUCAGAACUUCGGUACAUCUUUCUUUGGCUUCAGAGGAGUCUCCCAUAUAUUGUCAUCAUUUGUGCCAAACUGAUUUUUCAGCAUGCUCUAGGUAUUGCAGUUGGUGUUGGACUGUGGAUAACUUUCCUUUAUGCAAACAAGAUAAUUAUAAAUCAGGUCUUCCUACAGGAGCGCCGCUCUGUAUUACAGUGUGGCUGGUUGCUUGGAUUUCUAACUGCCUCCACCCUUCUCCUCUACGACACUUUCCGGUCCCAGUCACUCUUCUACAGUUUAAUCUUCCUUCAUCCCAGUGUUGAUCCUAUUGGAUUCUGGGAUGCGUUGUGGAUCGUGGGAACUGCAGACUUCAUAUUGAAGUUUCUUUCUAUGGGAUUCAAGUGCCUUGUCCUAUUGGUGCCUUCAUCACUGAUGUCAUUCAAAUCAAGAGGUCAGUGGUACAUGGUCAUUGAAGAAGUGAACCAGUUUCACCGUUCUCUGGUGCCCAUGCCUGUUUGGUCAUGGUAUCUGAUUGGUAAUAAUGAAUUGGAUGGUUCCUUGAUCUGGACUUUGGGUAUUCUGCUAAGUUUGUUCUACCUCAUACUCAAGCUCCUUGGAAUCUAUAGUCGGUGGAGUAGUUUCAGGAAGGUUCUGCGGAGUUUUUUCCAUAAACAGCACUAUGGGAUUGCUGCCACCCAGCAUCAGUGCAGUGACGCAGGAGACGUUUGCCCCAUCUGCCAGACAGAAUUCAGAGAACCGAUUCUUCUCAUUUGUCAGCACAUAUUCUGCGAGGAGUGUAUUUCGCUCUGGUUUAAUCAAGAAAAAACUUGCCCCCUCUGCCGGACAGUUAUUUUGGAUUACGUUCAGGCCUGGCGAGAUGGAGCAACUUCCACCCACCUCCAGUUUUAUUGACCAGCUGCCUAGGUCCUGCUGAUGGUCGACAGCAGAGCCUGGCUGUAUGCAACCAAAAUUUAUUAACUCUUGGGAAGAUUUUUUAAAAAUAAUUUUGGUAAUAAAAACAAAGAUAAAUGCUUUAUUUUGUAAAUGGAUAUUAUUAAAUGGGAGCAUUUUGAUUGUUUAAACUUGUAUAUUAAAUGUAUUCUUCAAUAUUACAGUAACCCCUAUCAAUCUGGAAAAUAGCAUUAAUUGAAUUUUGGCCACAGACAUUAUCUGUAGCUACUAAAUCAGGCUCUGUGUUUAGUAAGAUUUCUGAAAUUCAUGGAAAUAACUGAGAACCAUUUUCCACCUAUCCCAAAGUCUUCUCAUUUUUGUAAUUGUUCAUUAUGCCACACAGUUUUUGCUGCAUUUUCAAUUUGCAUCUGAACAUAAUGUUUGGUUAAAGCGAAUACUUUGUACAAACAGUGUGUUGAUGUGAUUUUUAUUAUAGGAACUGGCCUUAGAUAGGUCAGAGUCUGCUCACUCAAAGCUGCCAAAGUUGUAAAAUUUGAUAGACCAGUUGGUAUUUAAAAACCCUACUGCAGUCCAGCCCUUUAAAAAACAAAAGUGCACAGGUGCUGGAAUUUCAACAAAGUAAAUGGAGUUUACAUACUAGAAAGUGGAAAAAUAUGGAAUCUGAUGCAUGGAGGCUGAAUGGGUUUCAUUAAAUUUUCAGUGUCAGCACCUUGGAAGCCCAUCACAGCUGUGCCAAGACGUAUUACACUCAGGUUGCAAAGUCAUACAUCAAUAACUAGGUUAAAUGCGAUAACAAUCCCCUUCUCCCGCCAAAAAGAAUCAUUCGACCUGCCUGUGACAGCAAUCAUUUUGUUAAAAUUGGAUUAGGGCAAGGGAGCAGAAUGUCAGAGUCAAGGUCAGCCGAGUUAAUUUUGAAACAAAGCUUAGCCUUGAAUUCCUCUCAAGGCAGUUGAACUACAUUGGUUAACUGGAAACAAAAGUUUUUAGUAUCAAGGACAUGAACUGUCUACAUUCAGAAAUACACCAGAACCAAUUAACUCCAGAUAGUUAAAAUAAUAGGUCGAAUGACACAAAAGGCGACGAAGUCCCCAGUAAUUUCCCCAAGCAUGUCUGUGCAUUCGAGUGAAGAUCACAUUUCUACCAAGGCUCAGCCUUCUCCACAAUUCACUUUGUCUCCCCUUCACCUUUCCCUCUCUGACAGGGAGAGCACCAAAUGUCACUCACCCCAAUUGGCUGAGGUGAUUCCACAUCUGUGGCAGACGUUCGCUACAGUCCAAUGCAGAAAAACUUGACACACACGUUGCUCAACUCAAGUACGUUGGCUUGUUAGGCAGGUAGUUAACAGUAUUAAGUUAACAGUGUUAUCAUUAGUUUAGAAACCAGCAUCAUUAUUCUGUAUCAAUAAUAAGACUGGAUUCACCAGCUGAUUAUAUUUUUCCUGCCUCAUUUUCAAAUGCUAGGACUCAGGGAAUCACUGAUCCAGUGCUGGGAAAGGGGUCACAAUAAAUCUCUCAGUAAAAAUACUGAAGCACCAGACUGCCUUAUCAUACUUGGAGAUAAGCAUUUAUGUUAAAAAAAAAUGUAGAAACUACUGAUUUGGUUCCUCAAAUUUUAUUUUAAGCAUUUUGUACUUUUUUUAAAAAUAACUCUCCUUCACUUGCACCAUAAUCACCGAGUCAUUUAUACAAUGAGGAUGUGAUCAUUCUCAAAGGCAGCCUUUAUCUGAGUUGGUCACAAAGAACGUUUGGUACAGGGAGUUCACCCUUAAGCACAGUCCGAUCCCUACUGAUGGAGGAUACAGUAGAACACAGGAAGGGACAAAAUAUAUUACUGCUCCCUGUUGUAACUUUAGCAUUUGCUGGAUUACUUUAAAAGGAAAUGUGGAAUUUAAAAACAUCCUCUGUUGUACAUGACGGAUACAGUGUCCUGUUGCAAGAUUCUUGAAAGCAGUGAGAAGACAAUUACAAGCCUGAGAAUUUAAGAGUUAAUGAAUCUUAUGACAGUAUCUUAAUUGAGAUGGAUGCUUUAAGUAUACACAAUCAAACAGUAGUUCAUUUCAUUCCGAAGGAGCAAAGUAGGCUGUGAACACAUUCUGCAAGUGCUUAGUCUCACUCACACAGAACAAGUACAGCCUCUGAGCCAAAAACAAGAAUCCAGCCUAGAUGUUAGUUGCUCACCUGGGCAGAGGUGGGAUUCAAUUUCACUGAAAUUAAAUCAAAGCACUAGCCCAAAAUGUGUAUUUUUAAUUAUGUUAGCUAAGUAGACAUUCUGGAUAUAAACAGAUUUUCCUUUGUUCUGAAUUGAGAUUUAUUGUGUGCGCUUUUUGCUUUGCUUGGGAAAAUACAUGGUGUAAGAAAAAUGAAACGAGUACUCGUCUUUCCAAUUUCCAUCUGGAUUAAUUAUAAAUAAAUUGAUUUAUCCCACACCGAUUUGCUUCUUGCUUCAGGUUGUCAUUAACCAACAUCCAUUAUUUACUCUGCCAAGAAAAACUUGGCUAAAUGUAAAAGUAUGUUUGAUAUUUUACAACUCAUUAAAAACUAUAACACAAAUAGAAAUUGCUCAUCUGAACGUAGCCCCAAGGAAGUUCUGCCCUGGGUAUUGAUCUACAACAAAACUUUACACCCUUUAUUGACUGAUUGAAAUCAUUUGAAGUCAUUUAUUUAGGAGAAACCUAGAAAAUGUUUGAGUAAAAUGACACAGAUCCAUGUGAUACUACCAGCUCAAAUUACAUCAUCAAAUCUUAGUUUAUGAUGUUACUAUCAGAUACAACUAAUAUACAGCUGUAAGCUGCAUUACUUUUAAACAGAUUACUGAGAAUAAAUGUCACAUUGAUUUAAAGUUACAGGCAGAAAAUUCACUCUAAAGAUCAUCAGUUGCACUGAUCUCAACCUUUUGCAGAUUGGCUGUUUUAAGAUAGGAAAUCCCCAAACUAUUUGGCAGUAUUCAAUUCUGGCUUGCCUUCACAUUCUUCUGAAUUUGAAGAUUAAAUGUUCUCUUUCAGAACUCUGGCUAGAUCACAAUUUCAAAUUUACUUGGCACAUCACACCUUUUCCAUAACCUUCAAAACCACCACCUCUUACUGCAAGUAUCACAAAAGUUUGAUUUAAAAAAAGAGUAUUAAAUGUCAUUCAUUCCCCGGUUUUACUCCCAAUGAAGCUUUAGUUAAAUGAUUUCUAUUUUCAUCAUCCUUUGAACCAAAAGUUCUGCUUUAAGUAUUGAACAGAACUCCCAGUAUUAUUAUGGUACACAAUGGGCCUGUAUUCGAGAAUACAGGUAACCACCUCACUGAAGGAAAAGGUUUGGACCCAGCAUGAGCACAGACACAAUAUCCCAUCAUUGUAUAAAAAAACAUCUGGAGUAGUGUGCAGGCCUGUUCCCCACAAUACAAGGAUCUGACUGCACUGGAGGUGGUGCAGAAAUUCAUCAGGAUGUUGCCUUGGAUGAAGCAUUUCAGCUACGAGGAGAAACUGCUGGGUUUGUUUUGCUCAGAGCAAAGAAAAUUGAGGGGGAACCUGUAUGAGGUGUACCAAAUUCUGAGAGGCAGAUAUGGUAGACAGUAAGAGACGUGCCUCCUUAGCAGAGAUGUCUACAACUGGAAGACUUGUGUUUAAGGGGUAGGAUACUUAGAAGGCACUCAUGGAUUUUUUUCCACCCAAAGGAUGAUUGAAAUCUGCCGUUGUCAGUCUAGAUGUUUGAGCUCAAAUUUCUGACAGAUAAAAUUAGUCAACUGAUUCAAACGUAACAGUCAACGGUAAAUUCAGAGAUAUCCCUUCUGAAUCGCACUCAAGAUAACAUAAUGCAUGGUGUUGUUCAAUUUCAAAGGUAAGAUCAAUUCCCAUAUGGUGCAGGGAAGAUCCACAAAAAUAACUUCAACUCGGGCAUUUAAUUUGAAAACAAUCCAGAGAAAACCACCUUCAAAAGUGACUCCCCAGAGAUGCACAGGUCAAAAAUCCAGAAAGCAAACUAACUCACACUACAAAAGUUAGGGAGAUCAAUUGUAACUGAUUUCUAAUUGUUCUAUGGUUGAAACAUAAUCACGGGUUACAAAUUUGAAUUGAAAUAGUUUGCACAGAGUCUUAAUUCCAAAACACUGUUGACACAACAGUUAAUGACGUACACAUCCACUAGAUGCUGCAAUGGGGAAAUCCAGCUGAGACCAGUGAGACUAAGGCUGAGGGAGUUGGGAAUUUUCACAUGAAAUCACUCACUGGAGUUCUAAUUUUUCUCCCUGAAGUCAGUCUCAAGCUUUAAGAAUAUAUUGCCGAAUUUUACUUGUUUGAUUCAGCCAAUCGAGAACCAAACCUGUGCUACAACGUCCCACCACCUUCCUGCUACUGCGUUCUUUCUCUCACAGCUACUAACUGCCUGUGCAGCUGUCAAACUUAACUCAGUCAACUGACCAUCCUCAAGUCUGAAAGGACCAUUUGCUCUUCCAGACCUUGCACAGCAACUGGUCAACUACUUUUCUUCUCAACAGGCACCAACUCAGUUCCUCAGGUCUGGCAGACUAUGUCAGUGGUGUAAAAUCCCACUCCCAAUGACAAUGUGCACAGAAUUCAACACUCACUACUGAUUAGGAGCAAAAAACCAGACUGUUCUCUCACUUGUCCCUGCAAGCAUCUACCCUUCCACUCCAAAAAGGUAUCUACAGCCAAAAUGCAACGACUGAACCCAAGACCUUAAUAUGCAUGCAGUUACUACCUCCUGUCCAGUUUAAAUGGAAGAGAGUGUGGGGAAAGGUGGCCAGCUGAUUAGCCCAAUAUCACUGAUCCAGCUGUGCACAAGCCAUUAGCUAAACCAGGAAUGUAUCAAUUUUGAUCACCAGCAACUGUUGAGACUGUGGAUCUCAGGUGAAGGGAAGGCUUCAGUUAACCACAGAUCUUCCAGGGCAGAGAUGGGGGGAGGGGGGGGGGGGGGGUUGUUGGGUGGAAUCCACCGGGGUUCUCUGGAAUCUUUGCAUGAAAGCUUCAAUGCAAAGAUAACACAGCUCUACACUUUGUGAGACUCAUGUAGCAAAGUUAUUGGGUUGGAACUGUAAUACAGAACAGACAGUACAGCACAGUACGGGCCCUACAGCCCACGAUGUUGUGCCAACCUAUGUAAACCUUAUCCCCAAUUCAAUCUAUCCUCCUCACUACUCCACCUCCCAUAACCCUCUAUUUUUCUUUUGCCCAUCUGUCUACCUAAUAGUCUCUUAAAUGACGAUCAUAUUGGCUCGAACCACCACCCCCAAGCAGUGCAUUCCAGGCACCCACCUCUGACAUCUCCCCUGAACUUUCCACCACAUACCUUAAACAGGUGACCUCUAGUAUUGGCCAUUGCCACCCUGGAGAAAAGAUGCUGCCUGUCCACUCUGUCUAUGCCUCUCAUCAUCUUACAUACCUCUAUCAAGUGUCCUCUCAUCCUCCGUCGCUCCCAAGAGAAAAGCCCCAACUUGCUCAACCUCUCCUCAUAAGACAUGCUCUCCAACCCAGGCAGCAUCCUUCUUAAUCUCCUCUGCACCCUCUCCAAAGCUUCCACAUCCUUCCUAUAAUGAGGUGACCAAAACUGAACACAAUAUUCCAAGUGUGGUCUAACCAGAGUCUUGUAGAGUUGCAACGUUACCUCUCGGUUCUUGAACUCAAUCUCCCGGCUAAUGAAGGCCAGCACACCACACACCUUAAAUGCCCUGUCCACUUGUGAGGCAACUUUGCGGGAUCUCUGUACUUGGACCCCAAGAUCUGUUCCUCCACACUGCUAAGAAUCCUGCCAUUGACCAUGUACUCUGCCUUCAAGUUCAUUCUUCCAAAGUGUAUCACUUCACACUUCUCUGGAUUGAACUCCAUCUGCCACUUCUCUGUCCAGCUCUGCAUCCUGUCUAGACCCCGUUGCAACCUAAGACAACCUUCUUCACUAUCUACUACACCACCAACCUUCAUGUCAUCUGCAAACUUACCAACCUAUCUUUCCACUUCAUUCAAAUCAUUUAUAAGCAGGGGUCCCUGAACAGAUUCCUGCAGAACACCACUAGUCACCGACCUCCAGGUCAAAUGCUCCCUUUCUACAAUCACUCUGCCUUCUGUGGGCCAGCCAACUUCAAAUCCACUCAGCCAAUUUUCCAUGGAUUUUCCUGACUUUCUGAAUGAGCCUACCAUGGGGAACCUUGUCAAAUGCCUUGCUAAAAUCCAUAUAUACCCCACUUCCACUGCACUACCUUGGUCAAUUUGUCCUGUCACUUCCUCAAAAAAAACUAUUAGGCUCAUGAAGGACAACUUGCCCCUCACAAAGCCAUGUUGACUAUCCCUAAUAAGACUAUGCUUCUCCAAAUGUUCAUAAAUCCUGUCCCUAAAGUACCCCCUCCAAUAGUUUGUCCAAUGAUGGAAGACUCUCUGGUCCCUUUUACCUUUCUUAAACAAUGGAACAAUGUUUGCCAUCCUCCAAUCCUCCAAUCACCAAUCCUGUGACCAGGGACGACUCAUAGUUAACGUUCCAGCAAUCUCUUCCUUCACUUCCCAUAGUAACCUGGGGCACAUCCUGUCCAACCCCAGGGACAACUAUCCUAAUACUCUUUAGUAGCUCCAACACUGCUUCUUUCUGAACCUCACCAUUCUCCAACACAUUAGCCUAUUCUACACUAACCUCACAUUCACCUAAACCCCUCUCCUCAGUGAACACUGAAGCAAAAUAUUCAUUUAGGACCUCCCCUACCUCCACCUGCAGACAUUUUCCCCCCUUAUCCCUGAGCAGUCCUACCCUCACCCGAGUUAUCCUCUUGUUCCUCCAAUACGUGUAGAACCCCUUAGGGUUUCCCUUAAUCCUAUUCACCAAGGCCUUCUCAUGUCCCCUUCUAGCUCUCUUAAGUCCCUUCUUAAGCUCCUUCCUGGCUACCUUAUAACUCUCAAGAGCCCCAUCUGAUUUUUGCUUCCUAAACCUUAAAUAUGCUUUCUCCUUCCUCUUGACUAAACCUUCCACUCGUUAACCAUGAAGGAACCAUCCUUUCCUUGUCUCAGUGGGACAAACCUAUCUAGAAUGCCAUGCAAGUGGUCCGUAAACAACCUCCACAUUUCUGUGGUGCAUUUACCAGAGAACAUCUGUUCCCUGUGUACGCUCCCAAGUUCUUGCCUAAUACCAUUGUAAUUUGCCCUCCCCGCACUAAGGUUUCAACCCAUUUAACUGAUUGCAUUUAUGCCUCGUCCCCUGCCUAGCCUUCCUCACCUUCUGGACACAUCGCAUCUACUUCUACACCAACUGAUCCAUCUUCUAAUCUAACACUCUGGUUCCCAUCCCCCUGCCAAACUAAUUUAAAUCCUCCCUAGCACCCUUAGCAAACCUGCCUGCAAGGACAUUUGAUAUGUGGUGAAAUGCUGAGGCCACAGUAAAUAUUCUUGGGAAACAGCUCUUUAGCCUAACUGGAGCAUAUAUUUGAGCUCAAUUAUCUUGCCUUCCACAUGCUUUUAAUCUUUCCAGAUAACUUCUCACAGAGAAGCUUAUCCAAUGUCUCUGGAGGUUAACGUGGGCAAUUUCUGGUGCCCUUCUCUGCAUGUUAUUGUAAACCUCAUUAUUAGUCAUUCAAGACCUGCCCAUCACAAACCCAUGGUGACUUUGAGGUCUACUUUUUCCAAGUGCCCAGUCACACCGCCCUCAAUGAGAGGUUCCAGUAACUUUCCCCACAAACCUACACACUCAGACUUAGGAUACAGUCAUUUUCUGGGAGCUGGCAUCAUCACAGCAAAGAUCUCCAACCUUGAACUUGUUCAGGGAAUAGACCUUGCCAUCCAACACUGUAGCUGUAAACAAUGAGGACUUACCUCAGUCACACCCAUCCAAUGGCUACUGUACUAAAAUGGCUGUAGCUGUGCCAGUUCUGGCAAAUUCCAGUUUGAAGUAAUACUAAUUUAAGCUAUUAAUACAAGCCCAAUUUAUUAUCACUAGCUUAUUGACCAUCCAAAAAAUCUGAUUUCCAUCUAAAGUUUGAUCGCAACAAAGGCAUGUUUUAAUUAUCGGUGGUAUCAAGUUGGCUCUAUUAUUUAUUGCAUUUAAAGCCUCCGGUCACAGGUUGACGUGCUGCACCAGUCCAUCAAAAGUUACCAUCAGGGGCUUCAUUUCAUCACAUACAAAUUUGCAAUUUGAGAAACACUCGGUUAUAAUUUUGUGCCCUCACAAAAGAUUUUUUUUCCCUUUCACAUUACCCUCUGGGGUGCUACCUUACUUUCCUGUUGUUUCCAAGUCAUUGAUCACUACUGCAAACUCCAAGGUCUCUGCCAAGGGAUGUCUUCACAAGCUGUUGACUAGAUGGUUGGUUAGACCCAAGCUUCCCUUCCAUCAAUCCCUCCACACCACCGCCUGUUGAGAUAACUGCAUGCCAUUGCCUGCAACUUCCCCUCUGACAGAUAUGAAGCUGGCAACAAGGAGGCAUCACCUCCUAUUGUUCAAUCAACCUUGUCUUCACAGAUUUACUGGUUUUGUAUUCACAAAACUAGCUCCCUUCACAUCUGUCCCCGGCUCUGAACAGAAAUUAAAAUCAAAGGCAUGCAAAAUAAAUUCAUAUUUUAAAGUAAUGAAUCAAAACAUUACAUAUGCACUGUAGUAAAUGAUCUAAGCACAUACUUUGAAUCAGUUUACGCAAGCCGCUUCAAGCAGUAUUUGUAGGUGCAUUCCUAAUGUAUGUAUCACUGUGGCUGGAAAUGCAUGCAUACCGCAACUGGUAUAAAUAUGAAAAGAAUUCAACUAAAGGAAUGAAUGAUUAUAGCCUGUGUUUGCCAUUACUGCACUCGCCCAUCGCAUGAAUUCCAAACAGACAACAGUAUUCAUUCAAAUUUGCCUUUUAAUGGGAUUUUACAGCUGUUCAUUCAUUGACCAGAUUUGAUUUCGAUAAUAAAGCUGAUUAAGUACAGGAUGAUUAGCAAGGAGAAAAAUGUAGCUUCACACCAUUUUUACUCAGGCAACAGUGUCGUUCUCUCAACAUAAUGAGGCAAGAAUCUCCACAGUAAAAGCACCAUGCCAAAAUACUGAUCUCAGAAUCAGAGGGAAAAUUUACCCAAGAUCAGGUACAACGUUCACACACCUUUCAAGUGUGAAGGUGAGACACUUGUGCUGUUUUGCUCUUGUUGGAAUGAAGGACUGGGACAAAGGGAGCCUCGUUACUUCUUAUUCUACACAGCCAACUGUAACUGACAAGAUUGUCCAUGCAAAUAAAGAUGGAACUAAUCAGAUGCUCGAAACUCCAACUGAACAUUAUAGAAAGCUUCAAAUGGUCACCUCAUCAAGCACCAUUCAUUAGAGUAGCAGUGAGAUCUCACCAUGAGAAUAUUCCAAGUUAUACAUAAUGCACACUGCAGUAGUGAUUACUGCACCGAUUUUCUCCAGUUCAAUUCCUUUAAUGUAAUUGAGACGUGGCAUCUGAAAGGACUUCCAAAUCAGAGUUGCCACAGGUAGUAUUUAAUACAGAAUCCAAUUCCCUGGUGCGUGAGAUGCAUUACACUCAAAUAAAAGAAGUCCUCCCACCAGCUGGUGAAGGAUCCGACUGUAUCUAGAAUCCUUUCACAUUGCCUGGGAAUACACUUUAUUGUUAUAAAUUUUACUAAUUACAUCAUUGGCAACAAUUAACAUUCAACAUGCGCAUCUGCCUGCUGGACAACUUGACGAGUCACAAUACAAGGGGCCUCUUUUGGUGGUUUGGAGUCUGAGAAUGGGGGGGGGGGCUGCGGUGGUGGAGGGGGUUGGAGAAUGUAAAUAUGACUCCUUGUUGAGUGACUCCAAUAAACAGAACUGGCCUUCACAAUGGAAUACAUUCAGAAAUUACUACCACGUUCAACCUACCUUUGCCUCUUCACAUCAAACACCAUCCAUACCAUUGGGAAGAUUUUGUGAUCUGUGUACUUGGUGCCCAAUAGAAAUUGUUCCAAUCUCCAACGUGCCAAACACAAACAAUGAUAUCCAAAUUAAUGGAAUAACCAGGAAUGGCAGGUUGGUAUUGGCAUCCAAGAACAACGCUGUUUCCCCAAGCUAAAUCUUUCCUCUGAGGACAAAACCAUCCCAACACCAACUCAAAUUGAUUCAAUGUUCCAAGGAAUGGCCACAACUCCAAAAAAACCUGUUCAAUACUUGUGUGUCUGUUACAAUUCCGCCACACCAAGCUGACAAUUUAGAUUGCUAUGGUCCUAUCAUUGAAAAAUACAAAAAUAAUUUUUCUAAACUUGCUGCUAAUGUUAACAAAGCCAAUAAUUAUAGUGCCCACUAUGGUAAUUCACUAAGGUAUUCCACCAUCUUUAAGUCUACUUUCUGCUUUUGUGACUAGAUUCAGACAGCUUCGUAAAUGUGUGCUUCACUUAUUCUACAACCUCUUAUUUUCUACAUAUUAAAAAGGGGAAUCUCAAUGAAUGAUGAAUUUGAUUAUGAACGGUAAGGAGGUUGACCAGCGUACAAACAUAGCUUGAGUAAAAAUGACACAGGCCAAUGGUGACGUUAGGAAUUCCCUGCUGCUUGGAUGAGCACACACACCCGAGUCUUUCACAUUCUUCUCAAAAGACCAGUCGUACCAACUACCAUCCACUUCAUAAUAAAAUGGUAGUAAUCCAGUGCAAACUGUUUUUAGUUGAAAAGAGGGAAGGCAAAUUGCAAAACAAAAGGCACAGAAAUCAGCUUUUCCUUUGGUUGGCAUGGAACAGAAAAUUAAAACAGAAGGUAACUUGGAACUUAUCAGAAAUUCAGCCCAUUUUAGAGAGUGACUGAUCUGCUGGUUCCCCUCAAGUUUCUUUUCAAAACUUCAUGUUCCCAACAUCUGCAAUUUUUUGUGAUUCCCCAAGAGGAUUACCAUUUUACUAAAAAGGACAUCAAUCACCCAUCACACAUUCGUUAAGAUGAAGGUGGUUGAUUCAAAUGUUUCAAGAGCAACAAACAGAUUCCAGUGUCUGAGUCUCCACAUUUUAAUAGCAAUUCACUCAGCUGUCCAGUGGCUCAGUGGUUACAGGCAAAGCACGGCCUGGUGCUGAGGCAUUUAGGAGGGUGGUGCAGGGGAAGUGAAAGGGAAACAGGGGUAUGGGGCAGGGUGGGGGGGGGGGGUCAGAUGAGCAAUGCUAUACUUUAUGGAUUCAGCUUAAACUGACUUUGUCAAAAGGAGGGAUGAAGAGUUGGUGCCCUCUAUUUGAUGGGUCAAUGAACAUGGGUCCACCUGUGAUGUGCACCACAAAUUGCAGGCCAAUGUUCAUUUUCAAAGUUCUUGUCAGUUGUAGGAAUGACUGUGUUGCUAAUGGCAAACCCUACAAAUGUGGGAAAACUGAUGGGCAGGUAUAGGCCAAUCCUGUCUCACACAAUCGGUGAUUUAUGGAUUAAUCAUUGCAUCUGUCGAUCCACCAGACAUCUGUCAACCUUGCCAUUUCUGAGAGGGAACCCAUGGUCCAUCUCUCAGCCCUUCACCCAACUGCAGGUUUGAGAUAACUAAUUCACCAUAUGGGCAGAUCUCAAGCAUAGACCCACUUUCCAAAAUUCAGUACUUUUUAAUUCAAGAUUGAACAAUAAUUUGAUGCUAUAAUGGUGCUUGCACAUUUGCCAAGCUAAUAUUGUGAAAUCCAAUCAAACCCAGAGCCCUGUCAGCUGCUGAAUCUGGGUGGACAAUAGUUUGGUUUGGGUUUCCAACAGAGACGAGACUGCUGCUGAAGAUGCUGACAAACCAGGCAAUGAAAUGAUUACCAGCUCAUCCCCUGCAAAGAAUAGGUUUCACUUGUCUUACAACAUUCCCAGCAAAAGGCAAGCAACAAUCAGAAAGUGAGCCUGUUCGAAGCUCAGGGGGAUCAUUUAAGCUCUCUAGCAUGUGCCAAACUUACCAGUGGGGACGGAAUACACCUGCAUACGUGCCCCUGCUCUUCUUUGCAACAUUUAGAUCACAAAGUCUUUCCAGAAGUAAAGAAUAAGAACAUAAUUUCUUAAAAAUUUAUAUUUCCUAAACUUUCUAAAUCUCUAAAGAGCUGAACUAUUUAAGUGAGAUGUUGCUACAAGGUACUUUUUAUGCAAACAUGAGUAUCUCUAGACCAGGUCUAUCUCCCUCCUCUAGGCCCGGACUUCAGGAUAAACCUCUAGCAUUAGAGUAAAUGGAAGCGAUGAUGAAGUAGGAGCAUGAAGAAAGCAAAGGACUAUUCAAGCCAGUCGCAGUGGGCGAGACCUUUCUAUGGGGAUGAAACAGUGUCUACAGUCUCUGUGAGAUCUAACCCGCACCAAACUGGCUCGACACUCAAAUGCAAGAGCAACUUCAUGACAGCUGAGAAUGAUGAAACAUCCACAUACCUCCAUCUCUUUACCUGAUUCAGAAACUCAAAUAUACAUUAACGGCAGUUUCAACAGCUACAUUUACAAACAAAAAUAAAUUUAAUAGUCCAUAGAGACUAUACAUUCAUGGAAGUUGAAAAGCUUUGAUAAACAAACUGAUAAUAUCCCUCCCCUUCCCCACAAAUACAUACGAGCUAAAGAAUUACCAAGUAACCAACAGAUCUACAAAAUAAAGACCUGGGAGAGGGGAGAGGCGAAAAGGAAGCACUUUAUAAAAUGUUUCUUCUAUUCUAUUAUUCAAAUCAAACAGCCACUUUGGCUGCAACGAAGAUUCAAAUAGAUCAUACAAAAAUAAGGAUCGACAAAAACUUUCAUAAAUCUGUUAAAAUACAAUGCCUAAUUUGCAAAGAUUAUUAAAUGAUUAGGCAAAUCCAUAUUGUUUGAGCUUUAUUUACAAAAAAUAGAAUGAAGGGGAGAAAAAAAAAGCAAUUUGCAUAGUUUGACCUAUCACCCAUCAUGACUACAGCUGUCACUAAAGUGUCUAUCAGCCUCAUUUCUACUCAAAUUCUUGCCUUCCCCAAUACAGGACCCUCCAAGUCGGAGAUGCCACCUCUGCUGGAGGCACUGUUUGGUUUGGAAAGUGUGGGUGGAUAUUUGGCAACUCAAAGACCCCUUUCCUCCCUUUGCAAUCAGUGAACGUUUUACUCAAAUGGAAUUCUAAACUUUCAGUAUCGAGUGGCCGCCAUCAACCCAGGGUUUAAGGUUUAUCAGGACAUUUUCUGGUAAGUUGGCACUGCUGCUGUCAUCCUGGGAGGGGACUGGACACCAAUGCAAAUUACUUACAAAAUAAGGGAAAACAGUGCAAGAAAUCAAGCAAAAUUCAUUUUUUAAAACGGCAUUGUUGCCUGUAGCCCUUCAAAAUCCAACCAUUACAAUGAACCUAGACCUGCAACGUUCUGCACUUUCCUCUUCCAGCACUCCCCCCAAUUUAAGUUGCACGUGCCAUAAAUGUUUAUAUAGAGAACAUACAGAAACGAGAAAGAACAGGGCUGGAAAAGUCAAGAGCAAAAAGGCUUACAGUCUGUGAAAGGAGCCGAAUUAACUGACAGACUUUAAGCCUUUGUGUUUUAGAAUAUAAUUUUAAUCGUUUCCUCCCAGUGCAAGAAUUUUAAAUUCAAGGUUCAGCACAAUUCUUUGGAAGUGCUAGAUUUAUUAAGACCACCAAAGCUCAAUCCAAAACGUUUGGUGUUACGAUUACAAUCUCAAAAAAUAAUAGCUUUUACAUGAUUGCAGACUGCAAUAUAAGAGACUAACAGCAGAAUUAAAAGUAAUUGCUUAAUUGCUAUUUUCUGCAGUCAGUCUACAAUGUCUGUGAAGCAGUAAUGAAGUAACGCAAAACACGACCAUGUGUCCUCCACCUUUCAAAUUGCCCAGUGGGUAAAUGCACGCCAGCUAAUCUGGUGGAACAUUGUUGCAAGCCACUUCCCUGCGCACCAGCAGCCAUUGUCUGAAAACACAACAGGAAUAGUGAUAAGGAUGCUGAACCCAUGUUCUCUCAACCUUUUACCUUCAGCAACUGCACCCGUCCUAUCAAGUAUCAGGCUACUAAAGGCACUUGCAAUCCAUUCAUCAGCAAGCGCAUGAUCCAUUCCAAUUAACCCCUUUUAGUUUUCCUUUCACGUAAAUGAGAUUGGACAUUAAUACAAUAUUAAUGAUACAGCCAUACCAAACAAAACAGUACUCCUUCAAUCGCACUUCACUCGAAAUUACAACCCACUUUCAGUUCUCUUAUAAAUCAAUUCCAAAAUUUAGAAUUUAACAGGAGUAAAACUGAACUUUUGCAUGAUUUUAAAGGUUAAAUUAAUUUGAGCACAUUACAAGUCUUGUUCUGAAAUACUGUAUAGAAAUAAAACAGUAAUUUGUGCAUUGAGCAACUUUAGACUAAUGGACUGCUCGAAUUCAAGGCCACUGCAUUAGUCAAAGGGGAAGGAAUUUAAUCCUGGAAAGCAAUUCAUGAAGCUUUUUAAAAAAUCUCAGGAUCCUCCAGUGUUAAAUGAAUUAGAUUUGCCCAGAAUCCCACAGUCCCAGUUCUGGGUAUUUUGUGAGUAGUAACAGCAAAAGUGAAUUUGAAGAUGCUGGGCUGCGUUGCUCUCUUUGAUACUUUCUAUUUAACUAGAAAAAGCAGAGUUGCAGCACAUAGACCGUUUUCUUUCCGAAGUCCCUGGAAAAAGGCUGUACAAGUGGGAGGUAGUUAGGCUCUUGUAAACUUAAAAUAUAAACAUCAAUAUAAUAGUUCCUUUUACUUAAAAAAAACCAAAUCAACCAAUCUUUUGGAUUAAGAGCAGAACUACUCUUCCUUGAGGAUGUUCCCUGACAAAUAUAGUUAGCUAUGAGUUAUAAUCUUUAAAUUAUAUUUGGUUCAGGCAGCUUGUUAAAAUUGCUCCAAACUCUCAAAUGACUUCACAAUGAAGCAUAUUACACACUGGCUGACGAAAUGUUCACUCCAAGUCUGGUACUGUAACAUGUCAGCAGCCUCAUGCUGCAGCACUGAUGAGACAAAGGUUCACGUCACAACCCUCUGUUCUAAAAAUAAAUUGCAGCCUGUCUGCCUUUGCAGAACCGAUGCUUCAAUCGGAAACCAAAGGGAAAAGUGCCGACCACCCUUCAGUACCUCAUCUGCCAGCCGACUCCACAUCAGCGUGCCAGCUGAAGCAUUCCUACACUCCAACUCAACAGAAAAUGAAUUGUGUGACUGCAGUAAAUUCUGAAAUGGUUAAACUAUAUCUCAUCCUCAACACCUUCCAAAUGACUUUUAGAAAAUUGAUUUUUGUUCAACAUAUUAAGAACAUGGCCAAUUUCAAAUGAUGCAGACCACUGCCCACUGAAGGCAACAAGAAAUAUUAAGUAGAUAUCAUUUCUGAAACCUGUCAAAAAAUAUUCAGCAUGUUGCCAGCUUCGACGAGCUGGGUGGUCAGAUUCAGGAUAGGUGACUGGGUGAUUUGCCCUAGUCUCGCAAGUUGAGUAGUAAUUCAACAUAUUUGAAUAUUUGAUUCUGAAGCUUGUGCUUUUUUUUUAAAAAAAACAUAAAUAAUCAGAACUAUAGACAGAGGCGAAUUAGCAUGGAUGCACUUGGAAAUUAAACUCCUCUGUUUUCACAAUAUAGAGAACUGAAAAUGGUACUCCUGGUGUUACAAAACCCCACAGGUUUCUGCCUAUUCUCCCACAUCAAUGGCAAUCCCAAGAUUUUACUGAAAAAUGGAACAGGCCAAUAUAGUUUGAUAUUAUGUGAAACUUGAAUUUUUAAAAACAAUGGAUAUAUUUUCUUGCACUGUAAUUAUCAAGAUGGGGUUGUGGGCAAAGAUGAGCUAGCAAUCAACGACAUUAAUAAAUCUGAAUUUCAGGGGGCAAACACACUGAAACCACUUCUUCCCCAUUGUUGGUUUCUUGCUACCAUUUCUUGUACUUCAGGCUGAUGAUCUCUGCUCACAGCAAGGCCAUUUGGUUUGCCAUGAUCUUCUACUUGUGGAAAAUGUAAAAAGUACUCAAGUAAUGUCCACAGUUCAUCUUCAUUGUAAUUAUAAUGGGUUGGGAAAGGGCAAGGUAACCUGUAUUCCUGUAACCUGUGAUUAAAAAUCCUAGAUUGAAUUAGCAAAAAUAUAAAAACCAAGGACACAGCAAAUACACUGACCCCAAAGAACAAGAAAUGGCAAAGUAUUUAGAAAUUCAAUGAGAAUAAAAAUCACUGAAACAAAAUGGCUUGGUAACUGCCUUUUCAUGUCUCUCUAAGAUCUCUAUGUGUAACAGCCACAUAAACUUGGAUUUAAGCUCUCAUACUGUUUCAUACUCAAAAAGGCCAAAUGCAUGCCAGUCUGCCUUUGCAUGCAUAAAGGCAUUUAUGGCUUGUAUCCUAUGGCUCAACUAAUUUUAACAGUAGAAACAGGAGAGAGAAAAAAAAGCAGCUUAUAAAGAAAACAAGAUUCAGCACACGCCACACUUCACACAAUUCAGACCUGGAAGCCUAGAUCACAGCAUGGCAGAUUCAGAGCAAAUAUUUGUCAAGUAUUAUAGCUGAGGAAAACACGUGGCUACAAGGGGACUUUAAGCAGUGUCUACUUCAGCACCACGGUUUCAGGGCUCAUCUUUGGAAAGUGCUAAUUGACAAUUUCAAACUCAGAUGCUUGAACCCAAGGGAAAAUUUGCUUUGGGUCAAGGUUACCCUUCAUUUCUCCUCGUCUUCCUUAUACCCAUUACAUCCAGUAGGUUGUAAGAACACCAACUUCAGGGCCUAUAAUCCCACAGAGUUAUAUAAUGCGGCCACCAACACGAGAACAUAUUUUGAAGGAGAUGCAGAAGGGUGAAAUUUAAUGGGGCACACAAAGAUGAUUUGAAUUGGAAUUUCCUGUCACAAUGAGCUAGAAAUGUACGCUGGCCAGAGUUUAAAGUGCUUGUAGCACACCAUCACCUAUAUGGUGACAUACUCUCAGCAGGCGGUAAUUGUGUUCCUUUCAAAACAAUAAUCUAUUCCAGUACUGUGAUUACAGAAAACUCUAAGAGUAUAAUUGCAGUAGGCAAAAAGGCAGAUAAUGUGGUAAACUUUAAACCUCUUCAAACAUUAAGUCUACACAAAGCAAACUUAGGCUUUUAAGACUUGAAUGCACCAAAGAGUUAAUGCAUCAACAUGCACGCAUUGCAGCGUGGUAUUUAGAUUUGUUUUUAAUCCAUGAUAUCUCUCCAUAAACUGCAUUUAUGUGGGCUCCAAUGUAUAACAAUAUCAGGCUGAGCUUCUGAGACUUUGAAGCUCUGAUAACAUUAUGACAAGGUGCAAUCUUUCCAUCCG